GGGAACAAACGGGUGUUUUGUCAACGCCGAACGAAGAGGUGAAAUCCCACUUUUAGCUCGAAUUAAAUCUAUUUUGUGUGUUUUUUUUUUUUUUCUUUGAUAUUUGAGAUUCGACACUUUUCAUUCAGUCAAGCUCUAUUCCUUCUGGCCGUGACCGGGCUUCUCCGGUUGGAAAACGCUUUCUCUCCGUUGGGACUGACGGGAACUAACUAAAUUGAUUUAAAUUCAGUACUAGCUUUAAAUUUAACUAGCUGACAUGAGCUGCUCAUGAAAGAAAGAUAUUUUCUGGUGAGGAAACCGGGGAAUACAGAGAACGACAGAAAAGAAAACGAGGAAACCACCAAAAGGAAAUGCCAAUCGCAGCCACGGGUCAACUGACGACUCAGGAACCCUGUAUUUUCUCCCGACUGCCCUCCACCCCGGAGCCUGUACCAAAAGGGGGUAAUUUAUGUGACGUUGCGGGGGCAGUAGCCGAGUCGCAGGAGCGAACAGAAUACGGGGGCGCCGAGGGGGGCAGGGGAGGACUAGUAGCCAGCUACAGUCAGACCAGCGGCGCUAGGGGAUUUCUGCCACUUCGUUCUUCCAACUCCAACGGUUCUCCUCCGCAAUCCCCUCCCACGUCCUCCCCCCUCGCCUCAUCUUUCUUCCAUCACCACCCCUAUCAAAUGGCCAUGGAGCCGCCCAGGACUCGAUCGCGUUCUCGGUCUGGAUACUACCAGCAGUAUGGUGCGACCGGCCCCGGGAUUAAUGCCAACGGGGGAAACGGACCUAACCACCAUCACCACCAUCACCACAGCCAGCAGCAACAACAUCAUCAACAGCAGCACAACUCUGGUUGCUCACCCCUUGGAGCUCACAGCCACCACACGGAGCAGCACAGCAUACGAGCCCCGGGAUCUAACGUCUCCCCCGGCGCUCAGAGGCAGUCGGGACCGCCUGGAGCACAUCGCAUCUCACCCGCAGGAGCCGUAGGGGGGAGGAGCCAUCCUGACCAUGCCUGUGGAGAGGAGGGUGACAAGAAUGAGGACAGCCCCAGUCCAAAGCGUCAGAGACUAUCUGGCCAAUCAGUGCUGGAUCUCUCCACGGUGGCCCCACCCUCCAACCCCUCUCCACCAAUGAGGCCGUGGGAGCUGCCCCACAGUCGCAGACCUCCCCCUAACCCCCACCCCCAUUACCACCAGGAGCGCUGCCAUACACCUGUCAGACACAGACACAGUCCUCCAGCGCGUCGCCAGCGUGGCCGUCUCUCCCGCACCCCCCGUCACCUCCCCCCUCCUCCUCCCCACCACCCCUCCCCUCCUCCCCCCUCCAUCCGACUGGACCCCCAGGACCAAAGCUACCGCCACCACUACCCUCAUCCCCACCAGAGCUACUCUCACCCCCCUCCUCCCCCCUACGGCCAGCCCCCAGCCCCUGCCGGUGGGGGCGUGGAGGAGCCUCGAGCGUUCCACCCCCCUGCCCUGUCUCCACGGUUACUGCACCCCGCUGUCCAUCAUUCUCAUCAAGCAGCUCACCACCACACACAGCAGCAAGGAGCCAUGGUCAUGGACCUUCAUGAACAGGCCUCAGUCCCAGUCUCCUAUACGGUGACUCCUGUCCCUUCUCAUCAUGGCCUGGUAGCUCCUCUGUAUACAGGACAGCACCUCCCUCCUGUCUGUUCCUCUCAACAACAGAUCCCAGCAUGCAGUGUGGUCUUCAGUACAGGACAACACUACCACCCUAUGCUGGGGGCGUGUUCGGUGCAGCAUUUACCAGUGCCCUACUCCUUUCCCUCCCUCCUCUCCAAUGAUCCUCCUUUCCUCCUCCCCCCUCCCCACCUCUCUCACCACCCCCCUCACCUCCCUCCACCUGGACACUUCCUUCCCUUCCCGACACAACAGUCCAGAUCGCCGUUGCAGAGGAUAGAGAACGAGGUGGAGCUGCUUGGAGAGCACCUGUCUGUGGGAGGGGGGUUCAACUACCCUCAUGGAGGACACCACCCCUCCUCCCUGGCCCCCUCCACACCCCUCCAGUUCCUGUCUCAUCACGACUCCCUGUCACAGGAGCUGUUCGGAGUGCCGUACCCCCACUUCAUGCCUCGGCGAAUCACAGGGCGUCGUUACCGCUCCCAGCAGACCGUGCCCCCGCCCCCCUACCACCCAGGCUUCCUGCCUUACUUCCUGUCGAUGCUUCCAGUGGGUCCUACAGUCGGUCCUACCAUCAGUCUAGAGUUAGAUGUGGAUGAUGGAGAGGUAGAGAACUAUGAAGCCCUGUUGAACCUAGCAGAGCGUCUGGGCGAGGCUAAACCCAGAGGACUGACCAAGGCUGACAUAGAACAACUUCCCUCCUAUCGCUUCAACCCCAACAACCACCAAUCAGAACAGACACUGUGCGUGGUGUGUAUGUGUGACUUUGAGUCUCGUCAGCUGCUAAGAGUCCUGCCCUGUAACCAUGAGUUCCACACCAAGUGUGUUGACAAGUGGCUGAAGGCUAACAGAACGUGUCCCAUCUGUCGGGCGGACGCCUCCGAGGUCCAUCGGGAUUCUGAAUGACCUAUGACCUCGAGCCCCACAGAUCUAGGAUCCGCUCAGCCUCCCCACAUCCUAACCUGACGCAUUUAGGGAGUGGAGGGAAACACAACAGGCCUUAGAUCAGUGUCUUGGAGCAAUGCCCCCCCCCCCCCCCUCCCCUUCCCCCUCCGCCAAGUGAACUCUUUAAGAAAUAGACUCUGUCUUCUUCCUAUGAUUAUGGUAUUCUAAUAAUGGCCUUUUGACUGACACACACACAAACACACACACACACUCACACACACACGUACGAGGGGCAGUUGGACUUUUCCCCCUUUUUGUACUGUCCUUACCUUCCUGAGUCAUGAUUGGAGUUGUCAUAUGAACGCUGUGGAGAAACUCGGACGUGUGUCGUUGUCCUGACUAACCCAGUGGAGGAAAUGGAAGCCCAAAGAUUCUGACCAUUAUGACAUCAUCAUCAUCAUUGUUGUUGUUGUUAAUAUGAAUAUUCUGGUGGUGAUGAAUCAGUCAGAACCUGGAUUGAGAUGUGUCUUCACUAGUGGGUGGUUAUUUUGGUUUAUUAUUAAGGUGCUUUUUCUUCAUUUUUAUCAUUUUUUUUUUUUUUUAAGUGUGUGUGCUGUAGCACUCCUACAAAACACAUCUACAAUGUGUGUCCAACUGAAACCGAGAGAGAACGGAGGACAACACAAUCUUUACAUUGUUGUUAGUGUUGGUUUAUGAUCUGGGUGGAGGAAGGUGUGCAGAAAUAUAGCGUUGUCAGUAAUGGGGGAAGUGUGUUUGUAUUUAGAACACCAGUGUGUAUUAUUUAUGCAGUGCAGUACACUGGGCUUUCCGCUCUGAUUGGUCGAUGCUGUGCACUGAGACAGGAAGGGGAGGGGCUUCCAGGGAGGAGAAGGGCAACAGAACCAGGGUAGUUGAGGAAGGGGAGGGCCUUCUCUCUCAUCACUCCUCUCCCACUCAUCCCUCUCUCUCUCUCUCUCUCUCUCUCUACUUUUCUGUUCACUCACUCCAUGUUUCAGAGAGAUGGAUCAGCCUCCGUUAUCUCGGCUUACUCUCUCUCUCUCACACUGAAUGCACAGCCCCCACGCAGCACAGGAGUGUGUGUGCGCUGAUAUUAUUGGUCAGUUGCUUAGGAAGACAUAUGAUAGUGGUCAAAUCUCAAAUGAAACCAUCUCUUAUCUAUCGACCAAAAGUAAUGAACCAUCUGGAGAAUAAGGGUGUCAUUUUGAGAUCCAACCAACGUUGUUUCACUGGUCGUUCAGAUCACGUUGAGAAGGUGAGAUUAUCUGAAGUUUAGUUUUAAGGCACAUAAUAAUAAUAAUAAUAAUAAUAAUGAUGAUGGUGGUGGUGGUGGUGAUGAUGAUGAUUGUAGUGUGGUAGUAUCACAGUUAGGGUUUAACUCCUUGGUAAAAAAAAAGGGACAUGUGUUUUGCCUGUCGACCCACGAGUGAGAAGAUCAGUGCCUGGUUUCACUCAUUCGUUCACAAUGACUCUUCUGUUCAGUCUCCAUUUAUCCCCUCUUCCUCCUGUAGGAUUCUUCUCACCCCCCUCCCCCCUUCUCUCGGUCCCUUCUUCAUCUCCUCUUCCUCCUGUAGGAUGCUUCUCACCCCUCCCCCUUUCUCUCGGUCCCCUCUUCCUCAUGUAGGAUGCUUCUCACUGCCCUCCCCCCUUCUCUCGGUCCCUUCUUCAUCCCCUCUUCCUCCUGUAGGAUGCUUCUCACCCCCUCCCCCUUUCUCUCCUUCCCCUCUUCCUCCUGUAGGAUGCUUCUCACACCCCUCCCCCUUUCUCUCGGUCCCCUCUUCCUCCUGUAGGAUGCUUCUCACACCCCUCCCCCUUUCUCUCGGUCCCCUCUUCCUCAUGUAGGAUGCUUCUCACACCCCCUCCCCCUUUCUCUCGGUCCCCUCUUCCUCAUGUAGGAUGCUUCUCACCCCCCCUCCCCCUUUCUCUCGGUCCCCUCUUCCUCCUGUAGGAUGCUUCUCACACCCCUCCCCCUUUCUCUCGGUCCCCUCUUCCUCCUGUAGGAUGCUUCU